UGGAGUGGCACUCCUCAACUUGAUCCUCGCAAUUUCAUAUUCAUCAUUAUUUCCCUUCAACAGGAAAAUUCGAGACCGAUACUAAUUUAAAGUCUCUAGAUGAUGUACGUCUCUGGUGAGACCGCCGAAGCCUCUUCAGAAACCACGGGUAUGAUUGAAGAAAUCGUUCGGCAACAGGUCAUCGAAAUGCUUCGGCAAUGUACCGAGCAGGCCUCACGUCGAGGUAGCAGAUCCAUCUCAACCGACGACCUCAUCUUCCUCAUCCGCCACGAUCAAGCCAAGGUCUCCCGCCUGCGUACAUUCCUCUCCUGGAAGGACGUGCGGAAAAAUGUCAAGGACUCCGACGACAAAGGUGGCGACGCAGAUCUCGGAACUGGUGACGAACCGGUCGGAGCAGUAGCAGGAGGGCCAGUCGUCGACACCGCCAAAAAGAACAAAAAAGCCAAAGUGGGUCUUCCUUGGGAAGUCCCUUCAUUCUACAACCAAGAGGUCCCCGAGCGCGAAGAUGAAGAGGACGAGGACGAGGAAGAAAUGAAUUAUGCCACAUUGCAACGACUCAAGAAAGCGGAUGAGCGGACAAAGGCCAUGACGAAGGAGGAGUACGUCACGUGGUCUGAAUACCGCCAAGCUUCGUUCACAUUCCGCAAGGGCAAGAGAUUCAAGGAAUGGGCUGGCUUUGGCGUUGUCACGGAUUCAAAACCUAACGAUGAUAUCGUAGACAUCCUCGGUUUCUUGACAUUCGAGAUCGUGCAGACGCUUACGGAGGAGGCACUGAAGAUCAAGGAGCAGGAAGACUUGGUGAAGGAUAAGUCUGGUGGUGAACAAAGGGGCAAAAAGCGGAAGAUUCAAGGACUUUUUGAUCCACCGUCUGAGGGCCGAACGCCAGUUGAGCCGAGACAUAUCCAGGAAGCAUUCAGGAGGUUGCAGCAGAGGCCGAACAAGCAGCGGGCGAUGUGCAACUUUACGAGAGGUCUGAACAGGACUCCGCUGAAAUUGUUCUGAUCGGCCGAUGGCCUCGAAUUCUGAUUUAGUUGGGGCGUUACAUGGUUGGUUGGUUUGGCGGCACGGGAGCAUCUCAUGGUUGGAAAUU